UCUAAUCUACACACACUUUUGUUUUUCUUCAUGCUAUCUUGAAUUGAAUCAAUGGCUCUGUUACACCGAGUCAUGCACACUAUCACUAUACCAUCCAUGUAUCAGCAUCAGCGGUGGCAACAUGCUUGGAUGCUGCCUCCUCUCACCAUUUGGAUUUGUGGCAUAUAAUUUUUCAUCUUCUUUAGGUUCCCUCCUUCCCUUGAUCUCUCUUUCUCAUGCAUUGCCCUUUUGUUUCUUUCUUUCUUUCUGUUUUACAGUUUCAAUCACACUCCGUUAUGGUUAUUACGGCGAUUCUUGCAUCCUGCUUGGCCCUGCCUCAUCCCGUUUGAUGAAGACCAGUUCUGUUUUUGUGAAGCAGCUUCAAGUGUCAAACAAGGACAAUAAUCAAGUUAUUCUUCAUGCCUUCAAUGAGAAGCCCGAGUUAAGCUCCCAAACUAAUUGGACAGUGUCAAAUUUGUGUCUUGUUGAAGCGUAUAAAAGCAAGGGAAUUUCUUUGUGGUUAAAUCAGGGCUCCACCAUCCGUAUGGGGUGGGAAGCACACACUACUAGUAGUUUGGAUCAGCUACAUGGGAUGGUGAUCAAAGGAGAAAAGAAGUUUAAACUGCCACAGGCUAAACAAACGAGCUUCCCCAAUGCAAUGGCUCUUCACAAGAUUGUUAAUGGUAAAGAAGCUGAAUACAAGGUUGAGGAAGAUAAUAUGUACCACAUGGGGGUUCUAAACAUGAAUGCCAGGAACAUUAUCUUGAAUAUGAAAGUUAAUGUUUCGGCAAAGGUAUAUGAUACCACCAAAGGCAAGAAGAUGUGCUCUACUGCAAAUGGAUCGUGUAGGCUCAGUUUUGUCUUCCCUAAUACUCAGUAUGUUAUUUUUACGGCACCUGGCAAAGGAGAUGGGGGUUCGUAUGUUGAAAUUUCUUUUCUGGCUCGUGUGUUGACCUACAUAUUACUUUUAGGAGCUCUUAUGAUUGUUGUUUAUCUGAUUCUGAAGUUCCUUGGAGUCUAUGAUGGUGGUGAUCGGAAUAGUCGUGUGACUGUCGACGCCACAUACAGAACAAGUGAUGUAGUGGCAAGGCAAACCGAAACUGAGCCCUUGAUGCAAGUGGAGACAAAUCGAUGGACAUAUGGAACAAAUGCAAAAGAUGACGAAGAAGAAGAUUCAGGAGCAUCCAGUAGCUCUUCAGAGGAGUUAUAUGAUGAAAAAUUAUGUUGCAUUUGUUACGAUGAACAACGCAACAGCUUCUUUGUUCCUUGUGGGCAUUGUGCCACUUGCUAUGACUGUGCAGAGAGGAUUGUAGAUGGGGAGAGCAAAGUGUGCCCUAUAUGCCGAAGGCUUAUUCACAAAGUACGACGAUUAUAUCAUAAUUAGGCUUAUAAACAUGUGUCUUGUAGUGAUUUUGAUUUGAGGGAUCAUGUAGAUAGUGGGGAAAAUUUGAUAGGAAAUUAACAUUGGGAAUGGGGUCAUGUGAGUUGUUAUUUUCUCCUGGCGGUACUUUUUCCCUUCCUCAAAUGUACUUCCAUGGCUUUCCAUUUUUUGCAUGAAGCUGCAGGGGAAUCAGUUACUAUGGCUUGGGCAGAGUUCAUCAUAGGGUAACUAUGAUAAGCAACCAACAAUAUGACUUCUCUUAUUUAUUCUUUUGAUAUUUUCUAUGUAAGUUCACUGUGAGAGAAAGUAAAGAAUGAUGUCACUGAUAUUGUUGUUCUUAGCAGUAAUUCAGACUUCUAUUUAACAAAA